CUUUCGUUCUUCAGCCUCAAGAUCUACAGCUCUUUCUCUUCUUCACUCCACCUAUCGGGCGCACGAGCUAACUUCUUCUUCUUCUUCAUCUGCUUUGCUUCGCUGAUUCUUUUUCUGCUCUGCUUCACUAAUUGAUGAGGAUAAGGAAGCAGGCGUCGAAGCUCUUAGGAUGGGCUUACCAUUCUCCGUUUGCUUCUUCAUCUGCUCAGCCGCCGUCCGAAGCUGACGCCGGCGAGAUUCAGUGCCAGCUUAAUCUCUCUCCGUGGGAUGCCAUCAAUAGUCCCCAGUACACGAUCUCCCAGGAAGAGUUGGAGACCGCGGACGAGUCGCCGGAAAUUACCGUUGCCGGAAACGUCUUCCUGGACAAGGAAAAGGAGGAGGAGAAUGAAGAAUUAGAAUACAAAGCGGAGGAGAAAGAAUCGGAACCCGCGGGCGUGAUGAAAUGCAAGAAAACCGACGGCAAAAGAUGGCGCUGCAAGCGCCUCGCGAAGCCCCCGCACUCUCUUUGCAGCUACCACCUCACCCAGCUCCGCUCCUACCGCGCUCGCUUCGAAGACCAAGUCCCCGGCGACCACCGAAAGAAACCUCCUUUCGCCGUGGAUUGCGGCGGAGCCGCCUCCAAAUACUACUACUACUACUCCAUUCUGGGACCUUGGUGGGGUAAACGCAGAGGUCCUGUCAACGAAAGUACUGAGUGGAAUGCGGAGAACGACAUUUCUUCGAAGGAUUGCAAUGGAAAAAUAGCAGAUUUUGAAACUACAGUCGAUGGUGAUAAUGGUGAAGAAGAAGAAGAAGAAGCAGUAGCAGAAGAUGUUGAGAUCCCCGGUAACGUUACCUAUAAGAAGAGGAAGAAGAGGGUGAUGAAGAGGAGAGGGAGAAAGCCUGUGAAGUCUCGCUCGCUAAAAUCCCUUCUUUGAUUUAAUUCACAGUUUGGUGAUCAAAUUUUGUAGAGUUGUUCACAUAACAUAUUAAUUAGAGACUUCUGUGGAUUUAUAUC